CCCUUUUCUCUAUGUGGGUAUCCGAAAUUCGUCGGCUUUUUGCAAAUAUAUGAUACAUGUUUAUGGAAUUUGGAUAUGAUGCAAGUUCUGAUUUCUUGUUUUCCCUAACUCGGGUUUCUGCUAAAAAAAUGCUUAAGCAAUUAGGGGAAAUGUAUGAUUGGGUAUUUGGUUUAGUGUUUGUCUGAACCAGAGGACAAUGGAUCUCCUUCCUUGGUUUCUUGAAUUAGUUAUGUGGAAGAAACGUUGGGUUUGUUGUUAUGGUUGCUGUUCUAGCUGGGUUUAAUUGGUUUCAUUCAUCUGUGCUUGUGAAUACACAUUUUCUCCGUUUCUUUACCAGGAUGUUUAUCUCAAUUUACUGCAGUAUAAUCAUGCAACCCAUAUUAUUGUAGGGAUUCAUAUGAUUAAAAAGUCGUCUCCUUUAAUUAUCUAGAUCUUCUGCAGAUUGCAGAAACUCCCCUUUCCAGUUUUAUGGUAGCUUCAAUUUCGAAUCUUCCAUUUUUCUACUUCUCUUCUUCAAGCAUCUUUCUUUUUAGUGGCGCUGUGGCAGAUGAUUCUGUCCCCAAAUUGUCAGUUGAUCAGGUUUAGAGAACGACAUGUGAAAACCAAUCAACUAUGUGGGGAUAAUUCUUCUAUGUUCUCGGGGGAUAUCUUCUCUGUAUUCCUCAUUCUUGUCUUAUUGCCUUUUGAUUCUAUGUCAAAUGUCCAGCUGUUUUUGUCUACUUUUAACCCUUUGUUUACAGGGCAAUAAAAUCUCACGAAAUCAAUAUGUUUUUCUUCCUUUUUAAUAACUGAUAUUCCAUUUCCAAGCCGCUCUUUUGCACUGUCAUUACUUUUUUUUUUAAAAUUAAAAAACAUAAUGAUUGGAAUUAGGCUAUUCUUUUGUUAGAUUGAUUACAGUAGAAGCUGCACAUGGGAAGCCUGAAACUAGGAAUUAUUUUCUUAAUUUCUUUCUUUUUCCAUUCCACCAAAAGCAAGUUGUCAUAUACAGAGACAACUGAAACAGAGAUUUGUGUGACUGAAGAUAAACACAUGAAUAAGAAAUUGGAAAAUACUGUGGAGCAUCAUGUGAACACAGGCUUUGGUCUUGUGUCUGUCAUUGUCUGUGGAGACCGAGAGAAGCCGGCAUUGAUCACCUAUCCCGAUUUGGCCCUAAAUCACAUGUCAUGUUUCCAAGGAUUAUUCUUCUGCCCUGAAGCUGCUUCCUUGCUGCUACAUAACUUCUGCAUUUACCAUAUCAGUCCACCCGGGCAUGAGUUGGGAGCUGCUCCGAUUUGUCCUAAUGAUUCCGUGCCAUCUGCUGAAGGUUUAGCAGAUCAGAUCCUUGAAGUUCUCAACUAUUUCGGCCUUGGGGUAGUGAUGUGUAUGGGAGUGACUGCAGGAGCUUACAUCCUCACCUUAUUCGCUAUGAAAUACAGGGAACGGGUUCUUGGUUUGAUACUUGUCUCACCUGUAUGCAAGGCUCCGUCUUGGUCUGAAUGGUUCUAUAACAAGGUCGCCUCAAACUUGUUAUAUUUCUACGGUAUGUGUGGAGUGGUGAAAGAAUUUCUGCUUCAGAGAUACUUCAGUAAGGAAGUCCGUGGUAACAUGGAGGUUCCCGAGUCAGAUAUAGUGCAAGCAUGCAGAAGACUGCUUGAUGAGAGGCAAAGCAUAAACAUCAUGCGGUUUCUGCACGCGAUUGAUCGGAGACCAGACAUCACGAGCGGACUGAAGAAACUAAAAUGCAGGACUCUGGUAUUCAUCGGGGAUCAAUCUCCGUUCUACUCAGAAGCUGUUCAUAUGGCCGCCAAUUUGGACAGGAGAUAUUGUGCCUUGGUCGAGGUUCAGGCAUGUGGAUCAAUGGUGACAGAAGAGCAACCACAUGCAAUGCUGAUACCAAUGGAGUAUUUCUUGAUGGGGUAUGGGUUAUAUAGACCGAGCUGUCUCACAGAAAGCCCCAGAAGCCCUCUUUGCCAUUCUUGCAUCUCCCCUGAGCUCCUCUCUCCUGAGAGCAUGGGAUUGAAGCUUAAGCCUAUCAAAACCCGGGUUUCGGCUUAGUUGUUUGUUCUUUUGGUUUGAUCCCAGUUUUCUGAAUUCUUUCUAAUCAUUCUGUUCUUCAUCUGUUUCUGAUUCUCUGGGCAUCAUUUCUUAGGUCCUGUAGAUAAAAGUGGUUAGGGAAAAAGCACAUUCUUUUGUAGUCAGCCGUGAGAAAGGAGUCUUCUUUUUUGUUUAAGUGUUGGUGCUGUUUUAUUUGUAUGUGUAAAUGUUCAUGUAACAUGUGAUUCGUUAUGUACUUCAAGUGAAUGACAUACAUUUAAUAAUAAGUAAGUGGAAUUCAUAUGAA